AUGAAUGAACUGCCUCUUCGUCAUAUUUUUCAAUAUCUUGACGGAAAAACUUCAGAACCUCGUGAAUACUCUGGAGCUAUAGGGAAAAUGUUGGAGUCUUGCGAAAAAUUGCCCGUUUUAAAUUUUGUUCCUAUUGUUAACCCCUUUCCAGAAUUAGACGCAGCUAUUAUGAAUCUUAGCACUGAUCAAAAGCACUUAUAUGAAAUGUGUUACUCAAUUUCUAGAGGAAACUGUUCAUUAGAUCUAGCAGCUCGUAAUCCAGGUCAAUUAUCACACGCACGAUGGCUUACAAAGGCAAACCGUAUAUUGCAUCUUUACAUCGGAAGUAAAUGUCCGUCUACAAAUUUAAAAACAAUCGCUGAAUUUGUGGUAAAAGUUUAUGCGCCAGUGUGGUUUGACAUUAAAAGAAAGUCAUCGUGUUGUGAUGGAGGAAGACACGUCUUCAGAAUGAUACAGUUGUCACGCUAUUUAAACAACGAAUUGAAGGUAGUCAUCGAUCCUGUUAUCAAGCGAAAUGCGUAUUUUUGUCAUCCGGAGAACCUUCUUCUAGCAAUGCUUUCUGAUGAUCGUCCUACUAUAAGACAACUUGGCUUACGAAGAAUUAUGAAGGUGCGCACAAAAAUAUCUACAGACGUAAGGGAAUUUGUUAUUCCUGGGUUAGAAUUUGAUGCCAGUGAAUAUUAUGAGCUUAUUGAUUGUCAAAAUUGCUCAGUUACAGCACCACCUCCUUUAAGUACUGCAACUGAUGGAGAUAUCAGAGAAAUUAUAAACGAUACUUGUCCUGUAGAUUUUUUUGUCCUUUUCCUGCCCUACACAGGCAGUAGAGAGGUGCGUGAAGAUUGUAACAGAAGCUUCCAAUUCUGUUAUCGGCCAUGA